GGUUUAACUUCAUUCCGGGAGGAUUGCAAGAAUCAUUAAGGGGACUCUGGACCCAGUGAGGCCCAGGAUAAGUACCUGCCGGUGACCCUGGAAAGCCGUGUGUGUGGGGAUCCCCGGGAGUUGCUGAACAGAGUCCCCAAAUUUUGCUGCUUCUCUUUGGCCUUAAAGGGAGUUUGGCCCCCAGAACUGAAGUGGGGCACCAGCAACUGGCUUCGGGCUACGAAAAUGUUGCUUCAGGCAUCCAGGUGAGAGGAAACCGGCGCCUGGCACCAUGGAGAAUUCCUCGGAUGGCGAAGGCAGGAACCCGUGGGGUGAACCCGACCUGGAAGUUGGGGAAGAGAAGACGUGUGCCGUGUGCGGAGACCGAGCCAGCGGCUACCACUUCCACGUCAUGACCUGUGAAGGCUGCAAAGGGUUUUUCCGGAGGACAGUGCUGAAGGGCAUCCAGUUCACUUGCCCCUUCACGCAGAGCUGCCCCAUCACCAAAGCCAAGCGGAGACAAUGCCAGGCUUGUCGGUACAAGAAAUGCCUCGCGGUGGGCAUGAGGAAGGACAUGAUCAUGUCGGAAGACGCCCUCUACGCCCGCCGAGCGCUGCGUAAACAGAAGAUGCAGAAAUCUCCCCCGAUUCUUCCAGCCGAACUCCCGGACGAUGGUGGCUUGUCUCCGGAGCAGGAACAGCUGAUUGAGAUCCUAACCGAAGCCCACAAGAAACACUUCGAUUCCACUUUCUCCCAGUUCAUCCACUACCAACCGCCGGUCCGUCUCUGCCUCCACAAUCCGGACACCGGAGCUUCUCAGGACCCUUCCUUCCCUUCUCUGUAUCUCCUGCCCUCCCACGAGGACCCUUCGGAGGAGGCCCUGCCCGACGUCUUCUCCCUCCUUCCCUUGUUUGCCGAUCUCAGCACCUUCAUGAUCCAGCAGGUCAUCCAGUUCGCCAAAGCCAUCCCGACUUUUAGAAAUCUGCCCAUGGAUGACCAGAUCUCCCUUCUAAAAGGAGCCACGCUGGAGAUCUGUCAGAUCCAGUUCAACACGGUGUUCAACGAGGAAACGAACGCUUGGAAAUGUGGCUCGCACUGCUACACCAUCCAAGAUGGCGCCCUGGCUGGAUUCCAACAGAUUUAUUUAGAGCCGCUGCUGAAAUUUCACAUCAGUUUGAAGAAACUGAGGCUCCACGAAGCCGAGUACGUUUUGCUCCAAGCUCUGGUGUUGUUCUAUCCAGACCACAUGGACGUGACCCAACGGGAGGAGAUCGAUCGGACGCAAGAGAAGAUUGCCCUCACCUUGAAGAAAUAUAUCGAUCACCGGCACCCAGGGCCUGAAGGCAGGUUUCUCUAUGCGAAACUUCUCCUGCUGUUGACCGAGCUUCGGACGCUAAAAGUGGAAAACACACGUCAGAUCCUUCAUAUCGACGACAGCCAAAACCUUUCUUCCUUGACCCCGCUCCUCUCCGAAAUCAUCAGCUAAAAACUCAGCUAGAGGAGAAAUCCCUGCUUUGCAAAUAUGCACGUGGUCCUUGACUUACGAACGGUUCGUUUAGUGACCGUCCCGAGUUGCGACGGCACCAGAAAAAAAAAAAAUCGGGGAAACAGGGUAAUUGCCAUAUAUAUAUAUAUAUAAUUUUUUUCCCUAUCUUGUUUUCUGCCGAAAAAUCCCUCAGUGGCACCUCCUGGCUGUGUUCUUUUUUUUUUUAUUCUUUUCUUUUGGGUCUGGGGGAGUUCCCUGCUCUGGUGCCCACUUGUCUUCUCUUCCUCCAGCAUUAAGUACAGAUAAUCCCCAAUUUACAACAGUUCGUUUAGUGACUGUUCAAAGUUACGACAGGACUGGAAAUAGCGACUUACGGCUUCACACUUAACAAUCGUCGUGCCAUCAAAAUUCAGAGACGCUCGUCAACUGACUCGUAUUUACGACGGUUACAGUAUCCCCCGGGGGGGGUCACGCGAUCCCCUUUGGUGGCCUUUCUGCCGAGCCACCCGGGGUCCCUAACGGGACAGCGGCGGCGAUUCACUUAACGACGGUGGCCAGAAAGGCCGCACAACGGGGCGAAACUCACCUCAACAACGUCUCGCUUCAGCGACGUCCAUUUGGGGCUCCGUUGUGGUCGUUAAAUCGAGGACUACCUGUAGAAGGCAAUCUCGGACUGAAUUCCAGCGGACAGACGCUUCUCUGCACAUUUUGGGGUUUGGGAAUUUUACUAUUUUGCUAAUUUUAACAACGCAACGAGGAAGCCGAUUCUUUCCCCCUGGUUCUUUUCAAUGGUAGCAAUUAAUGCAAUAAAAACACUGUUUA